CUAAUCUAAUCCUCAACUUUCACUCCUUCCUAUCUAGGGUCAUAUCCGGAGUAAAACUUGUAGAUUUUGAAAUUACCUGACUAUAGUUAUAUUUCGAAGAUAUGUCCGAAAAGUGGCUCUCUAGUAUGAAUGUAGUUUGGGCAAGUUGUAUGACUUUGGGUCUCUGAAACUAUUCCAACUUGCUUUUUGGUACAAGUCUUAAAUACAAUUUGGGUCUCAAUCUGACAAAUAAUUCAAUGAGCAAAACAAGAAUUCUCACUUCUACCCUUCCACCAACCCUACCAUUACUCUAUUGGAGAGAAGCAGUCACAAAGAGAAGACUUCUCUUUACAAACCCUUAAAAGUCUUGCAUUCCCAUCCAUUACACUGCCUUCUUCUUUCAUAAAGAAUUGGUUUUGAGAAUCUAAAUCAACAACUCAGAACUUCCUCCUACUGUCCUGUUUAGCAAGAAACUAACAAACAGCGAUAUGGCGGCGUAUGCUGCUGUGACUUCACUUUUGCAUACCCUGGACAGUCUAUCUCAAACUGAUAUUCUUUACAAAAAAAAGCAAACUGAAGUCCUCAGUGACAAGUACACCUUCCUUAAAACCUUUCUUGAGGAUUUUACUAAUAUUUUCCAUGAAGAUGUAAAGAUGAAGCAUCUCGAAAGGAUAAUCCAAGAAGCUGCUAAUGGAGUGGAAGAUACUAUUGACUCACAUGUAUAUGAUAGACAUGUUUUAGUACAAAGCAAGCAAGUACGAAGUAAGGCUGAUGCAAUUUUCCAUCAAAACUUGGAAUAUGCAAUUGAGGAAAUUGGUUUGAUACAAAAAGAGGUUAUGAAAAAGAUAAAGGUCAACAAGUUCAACAGCAAAAUCUCUCAUUCAAGAGAUACUUCAUCUCAGAUCCCUUUGGAUCAAAAAGAUAUAAUCGUUGGACUAGAUGAAGAUUUACUAAGGAUAAAAGAUCGACUCAUCGUGCAAUCAUCAAGACUCGAAGUUGUCCCUAUUAUAGGGAUGGGUGGUAUUGGCAAGACCACACUGGCUAGAAGAGUUUAUGAUGAUUCCUUGAUUGCAUACCAUUUUUAUGUCCGAGCAUGGACAAAUGUAUCUCAAGAAUUUGACACCAGAGAAAUUUUUCUUGGUAUUCUUCGCUCCAUUGGCGCAGUCAACGAUGAAGUAGAAAGAAACAGUACUAAUGAGCAAUUGGCUGAAAGAGUUUAUCGAAGUUUAAAAGGGAGGAAGUAUCUUAUUGUCCUAGAUGAUAUGUGGUCCAUCGAGGCUUGGCAGCAUGUGAGGAGAUCAUUUCCAGAUGAUCAUAAUGGAAGUCGAAUCGUGUUGACCACAAGGCUUGCAGAUGUUGCAUCUUGUGCUUGCUCUGUCAAUUCCCUUCACCAGAUGCGCUUUCUGAGCAUGGAGGAAAGCUGGACUCUUUUACGCGAUAAGGUCUUUGGGAACGGUAGUUACUCUCCGGAAUUGGAGAAAAUUGGGAGAUACAUUGUCCAUCAGUGUCAAGGGUUGCCACUUGCAGUUGUUGCAAUUGGUGGACUACUUUCCAAGAUGAGCAAGGAAACAAGUUCUUGGGAGAAUGUUGCAGAAAAGGUAGGAUCGCUUAUGACCAGUGACACUACGGAUUGCUUGAACAUACUUUCUUUGAGCUACAACCACUUGCCUCAGUACUUGAAAGCAUGCUUCCUUUAUAUGGGAGUUUUUGCAGAAAUCCGUGAGAUCCCGGUCUGGAAGUUAAUAAAGUUAUGGAUUGCUGAGGGCUUCGUCAAGAAAGUUAAUCAUAAAAAUCUAGAAGAUGUGGCAGAGGAAAAUUUGAGGGAGUUAGUUGAUAGAAGUUUGGUUUUGGUGGGGAAGCAUACUUCCCUACGAAAAAUCAAGACUUGUAAGAUGCAUGAUCUCGUUCGAGAUAUGUGUUUGAGAGAAGCCAAAUAUGAGAAUUUUAUACACUUCAAAACAAGGUAUGACCAUGAUGACCUUCUAGAAAACAUUAGUUGUCUACGUCGUGUAGCUGAUUUCCAUAAGUAUACAGACAGUGAACUUUCUAAACUUAUGCCACACACACGUUCUGUUUUCUUCAAAUAUCCAUACUUUUUUGUUUCCUCUCACAGUCGAGCUUUAGAUUACUUAGGAUAUUAGAUGUUUGCUUUGAUCCUUUUUUUAACUGUUCUCCGUCCAUAUCCGAAUUGAUUCAUUUGAGGUAUCUUGCUUGUCCGUCCUUCGAUGGCCUUGUGCAGUCAAUAUGCAAGCUUCGGAAUUUACAGAACUUAGUUAUUCAUGAUUCAUGUCCAUUUGGUUUAUGUAUGUGGGAAGUUGUGAAUAUGCCUCAACUAAGACAUAUCCAUACAAAAAAGUUUAUUCUUUUCAUACCCCCACCUACAUCACUAAUUGCUGUGAGGGAGAAUCAUUUACAAACGUUAACCGGAUUGAUUUCCUCAUCUUGUAAUGAAGAGGUGUUUCUAAGAAUUCCAAAUUUGAAGAAGUUGGGAAUAUUAAUUGAUGUUGUUUCAGACACUAUUCAGAAGUGUUAUUGUCUUGAUAAUCUUGUACAUUUAACUCAGCUUGAGAAGCUCAAAGUUGAGUGCGAUUAUCUGCAGGAGUUAAUUUGGAUCUUAGGAGCUCGAAGCUUAGGUUGGGUGGGCCUUCCUUUGCUACACAUUCCACAUUGUGAAAAUUUCCCACCAAACCUUAAGAAGUUAACAUUGUGCAGAACGUACCUACAAUGGGAAGACAUGAACAUUCUCAGAAAAUUACCUAAUCUUGAGGUGCUCAAACUUAAACAUAAUGCCUUUGACGGACUAAUUUGGAUACUAAGCGAUGAAGACGAAGAUGGAUUCUUGAAGCUAAAGUUUUUACUUCUUAAGCGCAUGAGUCUGAAGCAAUGGGAAGCAACAAGUUAUCAUUUUCCAAGCCUUGAGCACUUAGUCCUAAAAGAUUGCCGGAACUUGGAACAAAUUCCUUUCGACUUUGCGGAGAUUCAGACACUACAGCUGAUUGAACUACACGAAUGUAUGCGUUCUGUUCUUGUUUCAGCAGAGCAAAUACAAGCGGAGCAACAAAGCUUGGGAAAUGAUGACCUCAUUAUUCAUGCGAACUAUAUAUGUGAGUAAACAUUAAUCAAAAAGGUGCUAAUUACAAUUGGUUUGUGCAUUGAAGACGUAACGACUAGCUGAUGGAGAGUACCAAAAGGUAUAUAUACUCAAGCAAAUUUGCAGAAGUUCAUAAUCUUUCCUGUCUGUGUAUUUCAAUUUCCUUUUUUUCAAAUUCAGGGAAGUAAGUUAGUGAAAUAGUCAUGUUUCGACUUGUUUAGGACUGAGACUUAGUUUAGUGAAUCUGAUAUCUAUAUACAUUCAUCAGAAAGAAUACAUUACCUUUGGAAUGUGUAUAUAGUUGAAUAACUUCUCUUUUUAUUGAAAUUGAUUCUAUAAAUCAGUUCUCCUCAACAAAA